UAAAACCCCCGGGAAUGCUCUGGCUAUGGCGGCCACUCUCGCGUCCUCGUGACUGUGGCGGGGAAGAAGCGGCGGCGGCCCCCUGAAUCCAGGUAUGAGUAUUUCCAGGAUGGCGCUUCAAUCCGGCGCCUCGACUUCGCCGUUGUCGGGCAAUCGGCUGCUUCUUCGAUCAAACCCUGAUUAUCUCUUCCAGCAGCGCCGCAUUUUCCCAGCUCACUGUUCUUCGUCUUCAUCCUCCACUCCCGCGCCUGCCGAUGACCAAAAUCACCAGAACAGCAGCGGCAUUGCUAGGGUGAGGACGCUAUCUCAGCGACGAAGAGAGCUCCCUUGGCAGACGAGACCAGACGAGGGAGCUGCGGGCAAUUUCAAUGGAAAUCUAGGCUUUGGAGCUCCAAGUCCGCAGAGAACUCCAUGGGAUCAGAGCACUCCAACGCCACUGGCGAACAAGUCGAACAGAUUCCCCCGGCCCAAGCCCGACGCUGGAAAUGGGAGCUCCCACUCUCACAUGCUCAACAUUGUGGAGAAGCUGCGCGCUAUCGAGCGGAAGCAAAGGAGCUACAGCACCCACGUGGUUCCACCGGAUACUACUGCCGCUCCAUUCUCUGAAAGCUCGAGCCUGGAGGGCAGGGACUCUACCAGCCAGCAAGGGAGCUUUCCAUGGCAGCGUGAAUCAUCGUCCGAGGCACCGACUCCUGUGACGCGACCGCAGCCGCCAAAGCUUCCAUGCCUGGCGGAGCUAACGAUUCCGGAGCUGGAGCUGAGGAGAUUGCAACGCAUUGCUAUCCGGGUUGUCAAUCCGAUCAAAGUCGGCUAUCUCGGGGUCACCAAAGCAGUCGUUCAAGAUAUCCAUCGCCGCUGGCAGAAAUGCGAGGUAGUGAAAAUCCAGUGCGAUGGUCCGGCAGCGAUAAACAUGAAACAAACGCACGACGAACUAGAGACAAAAACUGGUGGCUUAGUAGUAUGGAGAACUGGAGGAAUGGCCAUUUUAUAUCGGGGGAAAGGAUACUUUGCUCGCGUUGACAACUCUAUGGUGGCGAACUUGAAAAAAUAUCAACGGAGAAAGAUAAAUUUGAUGGAGGCUAUAAAGAUCAGAGAUGAGGACGAGGAUCGUGACUACAGCCAGUCAGAGCAUGGAGAAGCUCGGCGGGACUCCGAGAAAGGCAACAUUGAAGACGAAUACUUGGAUGAGAUUGAUGCUCUCUUGGAGGAGCUUGGUCCACGCUACGAUGAUUGGAUUGGAAGGAAGCCCGUGCCUGUUGAUGGAGAUUUGUUGCCAGCGUCUGUUCCCGGAUACAAGCCGCCGCUCAGGAUGCUGCCGUACAGAGCCAAAAAGAACUUGUCAAACAUGGAGCUGACAGUCUUACGAAGGCUUGUGAAACCGCUUCCUCCACACUUCGUCCUUGGUCGGAACCGAGGAUUGCAAGGCUUGGCUUCUGCUAUUUUGAAACUGUGGCAGAAAAGCGAAUUAGUUAAAAUCGGUCUGAAAAGAGGUGUUCAAAACACGAGGAAUCAGCUCAUGGCUGAAGAACUGGAGAGGCUUACCGGAGGAGUUUUACUCUCAAGGGACAAGUUUUUUAUCACUUUGUACCGUGGGAAGGACUUCCUUCCAACGUCAGUGGCAGCUGUACUUAGAGAACGCGAGUCAAAUAUGAGAGAACUCCUUCUCAAAGAGGAUCAAGUUCGAAUACCAGCGCAGAUCGGUGAUGGACAAAACAGAACGACACCUGUAUCAGGUUCACUGAGCGAGUCAAUGGAGAUGAGGAGGCAAUGGGAAGCACAGAGAAGCGAGAAAGAUGACGAAAUGGACAGGAAUGCCGCAGUUGUAGCUCUGAAAGUGAGAGAACAGAAGCGAUUGGAGGCAAAACUUGCUGCGGCCAUAUCCAAGAAAAGGAGAGCUGACUUGCAGAUAGUGAAACUUGAGCGAUCUUUGCUGUUGUCUGAGCAUCCUCGCGAUCGGGAGACCAUCACGGAAGAGGAGCGUUACAUGUUUAAGAAGCUGGGACUAAGGAUGGACGCAUUUCUACUUAUCGGUAGACGAGGAGUAUUUGAUGGUGUUAUUGAAAAUAUGCAUCUACAUUGGAAACACAGAGAGUUGGUAAAGCUUAUUCUUAAGGAGAAAGAUAAGGCGAUAGCUUUGGAAGUGGCGAAGAUGCUGGAAAUUGAAAGCGGUGGCAUCUUGGUGGGAGUAGUAACUACGUCCAAGGGUCAAGCGAUUAUUGUGUACAGGGGGAAGAAUUACCAACGUCCAGCUGAAUUAAGACCGCGUAGCCUGCUCACGAAACGCAAAGCUUUAGCUCGAUCUAAAGAAAUUCAACGAAAGAAGGCUCUUCAACUCCAUAUCGAGAAGCUCGAGGAGCUGAUAAUGAAGCUCCGAAAAGACUACGACUAUCUUCUCAAGAGCAAUGCUCUGCCAGACACACCGCAUAGUGCGCUGUACAAGGCGAUUGAUUCCAAGUACCAAGAGGAUGAUAUAGAUGGCGAGUUGUUGGCCGACAGGAAGAAGCUCCACCACGACGACGAUGAUGAAAUGGCCUACAGCGACGAUCUGCUCGACAGUGAGAUUAGCAGUGAUGGCAGCGAGUCCGAGGCUGAGCGAUUCCGUCCUCCUGAAGAGGCCGGUGACGACGAAGAGGAGGAGGAAAGUGAGUGGGAUCUCGAAUCCGAGGAGGACGAGGACGAUUGAAUUCUCAGAAAAGGCGACGGUGGUGCA